UUCCGUCACUUUUUGAUCAAACACGAAAUCCCAAGAAAGGCAUUCCACUCCUCGAUUGGUUUCUUCACGUUGUGGCUCUACGUCAAUGGUGUGCAAACACGCCAGCUCCCACUUCCGUUAUUCGCAGCAUUCAGCAUGGUGUUCUUGAAUGACUUCUUGAGAUUCAGAGACCCAGAAUUCAACCGUAGAGUUACUAAAGCCAUGCUGUUCAUGAUGAGAGAAAAGGAAGUUAACGAGUAUAAUGGAACUUUGUUCUACUUGCUUGGUUUGACUAUUGUUUUCGCCAUCUUCCCUAAAGAUAUAUGCUUGAUGAGCGUCUUGCUUUUGAGUUGGGCCGAUACAGCAGCUUCUACUUUUGGUAGACAAUUCGGUAAGUAUACUCCAAAGAUCACAAAGGAUAAGUCGCUUGCAGGUUCGCUUGCGGCUUUUGUCACUGGAGUGUUCAGCUGUUACUUGUUAUACGGAUACUUUGUUCCGGUCUAUGAUGCCACUGUCAAUUUUCCAGGAGAUAUUCUGUGGACUGCAGAAUCCAGCAAAUUGAGCGUCCAUUCGUUUGCCUUGGCUAGUGGAUUUAUUGCCAGUGUCUCUGAGUUCAUAAAUAUCUUCGAUUUGGAUGACAAUUUCACCAUUCCAGUGUUGAGUGCCUUCUUCCUUGCUGCUGUUGUCAAGAUAUUCCACGUUUGA